UCAAUAUCUUCAACAAACAGUUGAGUGCGUUCAUGAAACACAGGGACAUGUUGAUAUCGUCCUCAACCUACAAGACAUAUGCUGUAAUUAUUCCCUCAGGUAUCAAUCAAUUCAGUUAACUUUUAUAUUUCUCAAGUAGAAAUCAUACGAUAUCACUUUAAAAUAACAUCAUGUUCUUUCACUGUGUUUUUUUUUUGCAAAUACAUCUAAAAAUACCCGCUGCAAUGCGCGGGGUAUUGUGUAGUAUGUGUUGUCAGUGUUGAUAUCUCCUCCCUAAUCCAACCAUCCAUCCAAUCGCCACCUGAGGUGGAAUGUUUGUUUCUCAAUUUUUCACCUUUUGCAUUCCUCCCAUUUGCUUUAAGAUUCAUUUUCAGCUUACCAAGUGAACCUAAGAAAGCACACAAGAAUCAUUUUAUAACUUAGGUAAUGUUUUCAGUAUAAAUAAUGAAAAUAUGUAAAAUUGCCUCAUGAUCGACUUAAAGGAAGAAUACGAUUAGUUUAAAAUGUUUGACGUGUAACAUAUCCAAUAUUAAAGUUUGAGUAUUGCUAUCCAUACUUAAAAAAAAUUAAAAACAUAUAGUGUAAACUCUAUAUAUAUGCAGUGCAAAUGUACGAGGAAACUAUCGUUAAAGGAUGACUAAGAUUUAUCUACGUCACCGUAGUUUUACUCAUGAUGACGUAGAUAAAUAUCAGGCUUCCAUUUUGUAUCCAACAAUAAUUUUCAGGUUUACACACUAUAUAUGAAGUUGCACUACAUAUUUUACAAAAAUACCUUACAAAGUUUUUACAAGCAAAGCUAAUAACAAUUCUCACUAAAAAAAAAUGCUCUUGACCAUUUGAUUUUAACCAUAUGAAAGUUACAGUACUCACAGCAUGCAACAUCUGCGUUUGAAAAGUUUUUAAGAAAAAGUUUGCAUGCAAAUGAAAGUUUAGGUGUGCAAAUAGGAUGAACGCAACCGUUAAGAAGCAAACCAGACUUUCUCACUAUGUUCUGCUGCUGCCGUAUUGUUAAAGACAGCAGUGCACGUCUGACCGGAAAAACUAUCCAGUUUGAACGCCAUGGCUCGGCAGCCCGCGCUCGUCGUCGUCGUCGUCGCAGCUGUCGCGCUCGCCGGCGGCGGCUCGCUCGGCUUCGAGUUCCAUGAGGCCACCGUCGACGCCAUCCAGCUCGGCUUCAGCAACGGCAGCCUCACCUCCACGGCGCUCGUCCGCUUCUACCUCGACCGCAUCGCCCGCCUCAACACGCUCCUCCACGCCGUCAUCGAGGUCAACCCCGACGCGCUCGCCCAGGCGGCGCGCGCCGACGCCGAGCGCGCCACCGGCCACCGUUGCGGCCCGCUCCACGGCGUGCCCGUCCUCCUCAAGGACAUCAUCGCGACGCGCGACCGGCUCAACACGACGGCCGGGUCGCUGUCGCUGCUCGGCGCGGUCGCCAGGCGCGACGCCGGCGUGGUGGCCCGGCUGCGGCGCGCCGGCGCCGUCGUGCUCGGCAAGGCCAACCUCCCCGAGUGGGCCAACUUCCGCAGCUCGCCGGGUCUCCGCGGCUGGAGCGCACGCGGCGGCCAAUCCCGGAAUCCAUACGUGCUCUCGGCCGAUCCGUGCGGGUCGAGCACCGGUCCGGCGAUCGCCGCGGCGGCGAACAUGGCGGCGGUGACGGUGGGGACGGAGACGACGGCGUCGAUCCUGUGCCCAGCGGCGGCGAACUCGGUGGUGGGGAUUAAGCCGACGGUUGGGUUGACAAGCCGGUCAGGUGUUAUCCCGUUCACAACUAGGCAGGACACCGUCGGACCGUUAUGUCGAACAGUGGCAGAUGCUGUCCAUGUGUUGGAUGCUAUUGUGGGUUAUGAUGCUCUUGAUGCCAAAGCCACAAAAGCAGCAUCGAAGUAUAUCCCUGCUGGUGGAUAUGUGCAAUUCUUGAGAAUUGAUGGGUUGAAGGGUAAGAGGAUUGGCAUACCAGACGGUUUUUUUGAUUUCCCAAAUGGAACUGUCAGGAAGAUGGUGUACAAGCAACACCUCAACACAAUGAGGCAACAGGGUGCAGUUGUAAUCGAAAACCUCGAGAUAGCUAAUUUGAGUGUCAUAUUCGAUGGCACUAAAAGUGGAUUGCUCACCGCAUUGCUGGCCGAGUUCAAGCUAAACCUGAACAACUAUCUGUCAGACUUAUCAUACUCGCCAGUUCGUUCUCUCGCUGAAAUAAUUGCAUUCAACAAUGCACAUCCUGUCGAAGAGGAGCUGAAAGAGCAUGGACAGAGCAUCUUGCUGAUGUCUGAAAACACAGCCGGGAUCGGCCCUGCAGAGAAGGCUGCGAUCCGUCGUCUCAACGAGCUGUCAGUGAAUGGGGUCGAGAAGCUCAUGAACGAUCAUCAGCUGGACGCCAUCGUGACGCCGGACUCCGCCGCCGCCGUCGUCCUCGCCUUCCAUGGCCUCCCCGGCGUGGUUGUGCCGGCAGGGUACGACGAGAAAGGAGUCCCCUUUGGUGUCUGCUUCGGUGGAUUGAAGGGGUACGAGCCGAGGCUAAUUGAGAUGGCUUAUGCCUUCGAGCAGGUUACCAAAGUGAGAAUGCCUCCAAUGUUCAAGCCAUAGAUUAUGCAGUUUAAGGUUGCAAGUGUAAAAAAAAACAAACUAGAUGAUAUCCCGAGUGUUGCUGGUGUGCCGUUGCUCAAAAUUGUUUGGUUUCAGGUUACAAAUUUUCAACCAGUGUGUGAGAAAAUAAAGUACUACUUUUUGUACUA